CUUGGAAACCGAAAUGGCGUCUGUUGUGGCCGCAAAUUCUCUUGGAAAUUUGAGUGACAUUACCAAGGAUUUACCUUCUUUACAGUUUGAAAAUGCUUUGUCAGAAGAUGAGAAGGGACCUUAUCUCGCCCUUAGAAAGAGAUCUCAUGCAAUCACCGUAUCAGCAUGUGCUCAAGCGGCUUAUUUUGUGGCAGUAUUAAAUGAAGCUCGACAGAAGAUCCUUCACUUGAAAACUCCACAACAAUCAAAGUCAUCCAAAUUUUUGCAGAAAGCGCCCCCCAGAGAUCCUGUGAAGAUAGGGAUCAUUGGAUGCGGACGAAUAGGGAACCAUUUGGCUAAUUGUCUUCUCACAUAUGCAGAUGUUUUGCCACAAGAGCUGGUAAUAUCUACACGGCGACCAGAAACACUGGCCCAGUUGAAGAAGAAGGGGAUAGAAUGCUUCUAUGACAAUGUAAAGGUGGCAUCCUCGGUGCAUCUGCUCUUCCUCUGCGUGCUUCCAUCACAGAUGGCCACAGUAGCUGAUGAUAUCUGCACCGUCAUCCCACCACAUUGCACCAUCUACACCUUCCUGAGCUCAGUGCCCAUUCCGCGGUUGAGACGCAUGUUGGACGCUCAGGCCAUCAUUAGGCCAGAGUUUACCUGGGAGCGAUCAGGGGAAGGAGGAGAGGGGAUGGUAUGGGACUGCACCAAGGAUGUCUGUAUCACUCUGGAGAACCAAGAACAGGUUGAGAUGACAUGUCCACUUGCUGAGCAGAGGCGUUCUAUUGUCCAGACAAAAGAGAAGUGGGCGGAGAUGGUACUCUACUCAUUUGUCAACAUGUGUACCAGGGAAGGUCUAGAGAAACAACAGACCAUUGCGGUCACCAACGAAGUUAUCCUGGGGCAGUCGUCCAGUCAGGAAUACCCCACAGAAUUUAGGGCAAUGGAUUUCACGCGACGCCCAACCUUAUUUCCAGUGUUCGAUAUGUCUGCUGUGGCAGCCAACCAGACACCUUUGACACAAACCAUCACUGAAAACCAACAACUGAGGGCGCUCUUUGUCAAGAAGUACAAGAACGUAUUCGAUAAGUUCUACUACUGGAAGGGCAUCAAACAGAUUAAACCAAAAACUCAGGAAAUCACGUGACCAAAUACCAAUCAUGAGAUUUUAGAAUCAUAAACUGAUAUGCAUCGUAAUAGAUCUAUUUUUAUAUCACAAUAACUUUCCAUCGUUAUUGACCUUCCUGAUUGUUUAAUAAGAAAUUUACAAAUUGUUGUUUUUAUAUGUCGCAUUUUAUUUGUGCUCACAUUCCCUUAAAAGAAUGUCUGUACUAAAAUAUUGAGAAUAAUAUGAAUAGUAUUAUUUAUUUAAUGGAAGUAAAUGGUAUAACAUAGUCAGAGUAAAGAAGGGCAGUAGUCUACCUUUCUUAAUGUGACAAAAGGUGGCGCUGUUGUAAAUUAUCAGAGAGAUCACAUUUACGAUCAAUUAAAAAUAGACAUGUAGGAUCUUUAUGAAAAGUUAAUUUGGAUUUAGUUUCACGAACAACCUCACACCAUUAGGGCUUGAGUGCCUUUUAGUGUGAAAUAUAUCAAAGAUUUUAUUCUCUCCAAGUCUUCCAUUAUAUUUAUAUAUAUAAAAAAAAACAGGGACAUAAUUCUGGUUCAAAUUUAGUAAUUUUCAUCCAAAAUCAGAAAUUAGCUUCCUUCAGAGCGUCGAGUAAAAUACCAUACAUGUAGGAAAUAUAUAAAAAUAUUAUUACAUAUACCUGAAUGUGUACACGUUUACAUAAUGGCUACAAACAAAUCUACACAAAGCUUCCAUUUUAUUAUGCUACAUUACAAGUUACUUGAAUGGUCAAUACAGACGUGGUU